AUUCCCCCUGCUCGAAUGAAAAAAGGAGCAGGGGAAAGAACAGAAGCAGGAAUGCAGCGCCUUGGCCCGUUUCUCCACCUCCUCCUCCUGCUGGGGGUGCUGAGUGAAGAUACAGUUGAUGGUGCCUGUGAUCCCAAAGCUGCUGAGAUUAUAGGAGGCACUUAUACUCUGCUGCAAAAUGGAAUCGAACUGAUGUAUGACUGUCCUCAGGGACAAUAUCCAUAUCCGACACAAUUCCGGUCUUGUAAUCGUGACAGCCAAUGGAGCCCCAUGACCGACAAGAGAAACAUUAUCCAGCAGGCAGUGUGUAAAGAUGUCUAUUGUGUCAAGCCUGUACAAUUUGAAUAUGGUGACUAUGAGCCCCACCAGCGCUAUUACAAUGUAGGCCAGGAAUUGAGGUUUAGUUGCUACGGUGGAUUCAACCUGCAUGGGUCCCAGAUACGUACCUGUCUCCCCAGUGGGAAAUGGAGUGGUGAAACAGCCAUAUGUGAUGAUGGAAAUGGCCAUUGUCCUGAUCCAGGAAUUCCAGUUGGUGCUCAAAGAACUGGCGUGAGGCACCAGAUAGGGAGCACCGUCCGCUACCAGUGUAAUAGUGGGUUGUAUCUCAUUGGAUCCAAGGAACGAGUUUGCCAAGAAGUAGGAACCUGGAGUGGAUCAGAACCAGAAUGUCGAAGCCCAUUCACCUUUGACUCUAAAGAAGAUAUCUCCACCAAGUUCCUUCCAUCCAUCUCCGACAUUGCCGUGUCUGCCAGCCAAGGAGCAUCGGCUAACAACCGAAGUGACCCCCUUAACGUGUACUUUGUCCUUGACAACUCACGAAGUUUUGGCACAGCAAGAUUCACAAAGGCUGAGAAAGCGUUGGCCAAGUUAAUCGAGAAGAUCUCCAGCUAUGACAUCCUUGCCAAUUAUGGCAUUGUUAUCUUUGCCCGUGACAGCAGAACAAUUCUGCGUACAACUGAUCCACAGAGUAGUAAUGCUGACUGGGUGAUAGAAAAGCUGAGUUCCAUUAGCAGUGAUGUAUAUCCGCUGAGGUCUGGAUCCAACACCGGGGGAGGCCUCCAAUCCGUCUAUCAGAUGAUGGUUUUGCAGGAUGAGGAAGAGAAGCGACAGGGGCUGAACCCCACUCCUGUCUCCUCCACAACACAUCAUGUCAUUAUCCUCAUAACUGAUGGCAACUACAAUAUGGGGGGCUCUCCAGUUGUUGUUAUUCAGCAGAUGAAGCAGUUGCUUAACAUUGGGCAGUCUUCCCAAGACCCUCGUGAUGAUUAUUUGGAUAUUUUUGUCUUCGGUAACGGCCCUGACAUCAACAUGGAAAUUAUUAAUGAGUUGGCUUCUCACAAACCCAACGAGAGACACAGCUUCAUUUUGAAGGACUUGGAUGAACUGCAAGAAGGCUUGGGAAAAAGUGGUGAUGGUGAGUCUUUGCCCAUAUGUGGUUUCUCUCCGGGACAGGAAGCAGCAGAUGACUAUCAGAAGUUUCCCUGGUUUGCCAGAAUCGUCGUCAAUGAACCACGGCAAGAAACCUGCAACGGAGUCAUUGUCGCUGACCAGUACAUCAUGACAGCGGCCCACUGCUUCGCUGGGAUUAAUCGGAAUGAAGAUCUCAGUGUCAUCCUUGGAACCGCCCACUUUGCAGUAGCCGAAAUCCGACGCCAUCCGGAGUACAAUAGUCAGAAACUACAAAAUAAGGGCAUCCAGAAAUUCUAUGAUUAUGACGUUGCCCUGGUCAAACUCACCGAAAAGCACCUACCAUCUUUUGCAAGGCCAGUCUGCCUACCAUGCACGGUAGAAACCACGAGGAUUCUCAGAAAGCCACAUCCACAGACCACUUGUAAGGAUCAUGAGGAAGAACUCCUGUAUGAUGGGAACAUUCCUUCUUUUUUCAUAAGCAACUGCAAAUAUAGCCACGGCCAGGAGUCUGGAUUGCUCCGGAGAGACGUGUGGAUCAAGAGUGGGGAAAAGAAAACUGCCUGCCUCUUGGAUGCCAAGAAAGCCAGCCAAUUUGAGAAGAUUGCAAAUAUCUCGGAGGUGGUGACUGAAAACUUCCUUUGCACAGGAGGCAUGGAACCAUACGCAGACCCCAACAUUUGUUUACAUGAUGCUGGUGGUCCCCUCCUCAUUCAGAGAAGGCUACGUUACAUCCAGUUGGGUUUGAUCAGCUGGAGCCUGGAUGAUGCUUGCAAAGGUGAUGUGUCAUUUUCAUGUGACUCGGAGCAAGGAAAGCGACUCCCUUACACCAGGGAUUUCCACAUCAGCACCUUCAAAAUGCUACCUUGGCUCAAGGAACAGUUGAGGGAACAUCUGGAUUUCCUGUAAAUUGGCUCUUCUCAUUGCACAUGGGAUGUUUUGAAUAAAUGGGUCAAGUAGCUCCACACCCUUUC